AUGAACUCCUUCCCUCUCUCUUCCCAUAUCACUGAGUGUUUUGGCAGGAGCCAAAGUGGCACCAGCAACAGCGGCUCCAUGGCUCAGGAUGAGAGAGAAGCAGGGAUGGCCAGCCCCACAAGCGAUCCGGAGGUGGGCAGGGACGGGGAAGAUGUGACAAAAGGCCCGGAGGUGCUCUGCGAAGGCCCUGAAGAGGAGAGGAGAGAGAAGGCUCUGCUGCGGGCGCGCCUGGAAGAGCAGCAUCGCCUCAUCUGUGUGCUGAAGAAGAAAGCAGAUGGUGCACGCAAGCGCUGCAAAGGCCUGGAGCAGCUCAACACGGAACUGGAGAAACUGAGGCUGGAGGACGCCGUGAAACUGAAAACGCAGACCCAACGCAUCCGGCACUUGGAGGAGCGCUUCAUGGAGCUGGCCAGCAACCACGAGAAAAUGAUCUACUUCAAGAAUGAGCACAAGAAGCAGAACACGCAGCUGUGGGAGGAGAAUCAGCGCCUGCGGCAGCAGAACGAGACUCUCUUUAGCCAAGCCGUGCGGGAGAAGGAAGCCAAAGUGUUCCAGCUCACUGCCAAGGCCCAAAAUCUCUCGCAGCAGUUAGACUCCUUACACAAGAAAUGCGCUUACGAGAGUUGCAGAGCCCAGGAGCGUGAGAAGGAGCUGCUGGAAGCUCAGAGCCAGCAGGCGAGUGCCCAUGCCUGGGAGGUCGAUUCGCUGAAGCAGCAGCUGCAGUGCCUCCAGGAGGAGCACCAACAAAUUGCCGCGCAGGUAGAGCGCGGAGAGAGCCAGCAGAAGGCUCCGGAUAGCGAGCUGCAGGCCAAGCUGGAGAGGGCAAAUGAGGAGAAAGAGCAGCUGCUGAACCUGGCCAUGGAGAGGGGCAAAGCCCUGCAGGACAAGCAGCUGGAGAUCGUGCAGCUGGGGAAGAGGCUGGAGAGAGCCAGGCUGCGAGCAGAGAAGCGCUUUGUUAAAGACACAGCAGCAAACUAUGAUCGGAUGGUCCAGGAGCUCCAGCAAGAGCUAGAGAGCAGCAAGCAGGCGUACAGCGAACUCUCGCUGCAGUUUGAUGCCUACAAAAAGCACAGUAUGGAUUUACUGGCCAAAGAAAAAGAGCUGAACGUCAAACUCCGUCACUUUAAAGUGUGA